AUGCGCACUCACACCUUCGUAAUCAAGGGAAUGUCCGAAGCCAAGGUCGAAAAGAUCAAAGAAGCUGCCCACAAGAUCCUCGGAUCUUCUUUUUCUACUGGCGUAGAACUCCAGGAUAAACGGAAACGGGUCUUUACCAUCAGCACUGGUAGUAAAUCCGUAGAUGGUAUCUUAGGCGGGGGAGUUAUGUCGCAAUCAAUCUCAGAAGUUUACGGAGAGUUUCGAACCGGAAAGACGCAGUUAGCUCACACUAUGAGCGUUGUCGCGCAACUUCCUCCUGAUCUCGGCGGAGCAUCUGGAAAGGUCGCGUACAUCGACACAGAAGGAACCUUUCGUCCAGACCGUAUCAAAUCAAUUGCGGAUAGAUUUGGUGUAGACGGUAACAUGGCACUCGAAAAUAUUCUGUACGCUCGAGCCUUCAACAGCGAGCAUCAGAUGGAACUCAUCAAUGAGUGUUCUCAACGUUUCGCUGAAGACAAAGACUUCCGCCUUCUGGUCUGA